AUGAUGUCGUCAUUAACGGCCAAAUUCACAUUUCCAGAAACCCUUGGUGGUCAACAUAGAAUCAGCUCGACAAGACCGUCUAGUUCCAAACAGACGCAGAACACAGAGCAAUGCAUAUAUGUCGUUCAAGAAUACAACUGUCCGCAUCACCCCUCCCUAAACACCCCACACAUCUACCACCGUACUCCCUGUCCCCAAGCCCUCCUCCCCCUCGCCUCUCAAACCGACUGCAACUCCCCUCCUCGCAAAGACGAAGACGAACUCGUUGAAGUAUCUCGCUAUGUUCGGGAUCGCGGCUGCAUGGAAUGUAAAACUCUCGCAUGCGCACGUCGUCAUGAGGAAGCAGCCAAACAUCCUGAGAUUCUUAGGAGAAUGCAGGAGAUGGGACUUGGGCAGGAGAGUAUUGAUCAUUUUGAGAAGGUAACGAGUAGAUUUCCGGCGAGUAGGAGAGUUCUGGAGGUGGUGAGGGAGAGGUUGAGGAGGGAGAGGGUUAGUGAGAGUUUGGGUGGAGAGAAGAGAGAGGAUGACACACAGGACCAAGUUGAAGCAAAGCAGGAAUCUCAGCUCCAAUCCAAGAUAGAUAACGUCAAAGUUAUCCCUUCUGCAACUCUUGCCUCCUCAGUUGAAGGCCCCAUUGUCGAAGAGACCGACAGUGCAGAAAAGGAGUACGAAACCACAAAUCCUCAAGCUAUGACUACAAAGGUCGAGGAACCACAACGCACAAAAAUCCUCUCGAACAAGAAGACUCCUCAACCUUCAGCUAAGUCCACCGAGGUUGGAAGUCCUAGACCCAUCGUUACACCCAAAGUGGUCCGAGGAGACGAACUCGCUGAAGGCCAAACAGAUAAAGAAAAAACCGCUCAACCAUCCACUAAGCCUUCCAAGCUCAAGCAUCCCAGCCCUGGUAUCACGCCAGAGGAAGGACUCCAAAUGAACAAAGUCGCGCAGUUACAACCCCAAGAUCCAAGCCCAGCAGAUGAAGAGAAUACCUCUCAACCUUCGACUAAGUUCACCGAACUUGGACAUCCCAAAGCCAUUGUCGCACCCAGAGUAGUUCUGGGAGAUGAAUUUACGCAACCACAAUCUGAAGGUCCCAGCCCUACAGAUAAAAAAACCGUCCCUCGCCCAUCCACCCAGCCCACCGCGCUCAAAAACCCAACCCCCAAUAUGGUACCAGAGGUAGAAAGCCCAACCACCGCACCCGCAAAUCCACAAUCCAGCGCCCCAGUAUUAAGCGAGAACCUCCAUCGCCCCCAAGCAACAGCCAUUGCGCUCCCAGAAACCCCACCAAAUACCGCCCACGCACCAGAGGCCGAACUCCCAACCGCACAAUCCGCCGUCGCAGCACCAGUACCAGCACCAGCAGCGAAUCCCCUCCCUCUCCCGACCCAACUCCAAGCUGCAGAUAUCAAACUUGGAGAUACACUACCAAAUACCACCCACACACCAAAAGAUGGAGGAGAAGAAGAAGAACCCGAAAAACUAACCGACAACAUCCACCUCGAUCUCGACGAAGAAUGGGAAUGGGCCGAGGAAAGCGAGCGCGUUUUUGGAGAAGUAGCGCUUGCGCCUUCGUUUGGGUGUCAGACAGGGGACGAGUGGAUUGUGGUGGGGAGUUGGGAGCAGUAA